AUGGUCGUGUCUCGAUUGCUGGUCGUCUGCGCCCUGCUCUUCGCUGUGAUCGCCACACCGGCGCCGCCAACGGCGUGCCACAACACUGCCUACCAAGGAGGCGCCGCGCAGUUCUGCGGCAAUUGGCUCAGCAGUGGCGCGACGCAGCCAUGCUGUUGUCCUGCUGGCGCCGACCGCUGCAGCGCCAAGCGCGACGCGUGCGACUGCAAGCCCGAGACCAAGAAGAAGCUCUCGACUGGUGUCUACGUGGCGAUCGCCGCGGGGGUCCUCGUCGUUGUGGGCGGCGGCGUCUUCUGCCUUUUCAAGCGGCGGCGACGGCUCCAGAAGGUGUCCGAGCCCGCCAAGAUGGAGAAGACCGAGCCACCGGCAUAUCAACCAGCAUAUGCAGACACGUACGCCCGCGCCGGCGGGCUCGUCUAAGAUCUAUUUCUACCGGGUAUUUAAAAUAGACAACUUGUCUUGGGUUACGUC